AUGCCCGCCCGCCGCCGCCGCCGCCCGCCGUCGCCCACCGCGCCGCCCGCCGCCCGCGCCGACCCCGCCAAGACCCCACUGCUGGGGAUCCCUAUGGAAUUCUCUGCUGGGGAUCCCCGCUGCCCGCUGCCGUGUCUCCCGCAGGCUCCGCUGGGACCCGAGGGCUGGCUGGGGGAGCUGCCGUCGCGCCAGGACGAGGCCGUGCUGCGGGCGCUGGACGCGGGGCUGGAGCGCUGCCUGGCGCUGCACUCGGCCGUGCAGUGCAUUCCCGUGCCCCGGCACAGGAAGCUCUCGGGCAAGGCGGGCAUUGAUGAGGUGAUGGCAGCUGCGGUGCUCACCAGCCUCUCCGCCAGCCCCCUGGUGCUCGGGCACCCACCGGCCACUCAUGGCACAGAGCCUGGCAGCGAGGUCUGGAAGGAGGCUCCUGCCAUGUCCUCCAGCUGCAGCAGCAGCAGCAACGCCAGCGGGGACUGGAGCUGGGACCCCUCCAGCGACCGAUCCACCCCCUCCACCCCCUCACCCCCCCUCUCCAGCCACGUCCCCAGCACCUUCCUGCCUGCCCCACUCCCAGAUGAGGGCCCUGAUGAGCCCGACAGCACCCACUUCGUCUUUGGAGAGCCCACCCCACGGAAGAGGAAGAACUCCACCAAGGUGAUGUUCAAGUGCUUGUGGAAGAGCUGCGGCAAAGUCCUCAGCAGCUCCUCAGGGAUGCAGAAGCACAUCCGAACCAUGCACCUUGGCCGGAAAGCCGACCUGGAGCAGAGCGAUGGCGAGGAGGAUUUCUACUACACGGAGCUGGACGUGGACAUGGAGGCGCUGACGGACGGGCUCUCCAGCCUCACCCCGGUGUCUCCCACCUCCUCGGUGCCCCCUGCCUUCCCCGGCCCCGAGGCUCCUCUGCCACCAGCCCUGCCCAUCCUGGAGCUGGCCCUGGCCUCCCCCUGCAGCCCCCCGGGGCCCCCCGGGCGCUGCCACGUCCACACCGACCACGCGUACCAGGGCUGCCGGACGCCCCCACGGCCACCCGUGUCCCCCACUGUCCCCACCCCGCCACCACCCAAGCCACCGGCCGUGCCCAGGCGGCCGCGGGGCGAGGCCAAGAAGUGCCGCAAGGUGUACGGCAUGGAGCACCGGGAGAUGUGGUGCACGGCUUGCCGCUGGAAGAAGGCGUGCCAGCGCUUCCUCGACUGACGACGGAGCCCCGCCGCUCCCUCCUUCUUGCACAUUUUGCACUCGAGGUGCCUUCGCGCCCCCCCGGCCGCCCCCCGGACUCAGGGAACGGCCCCCCGAAAGCUUUAUGCACACACACAGCCCCCCCUGCCACGGAGCUUGUCCCCCCUGCCUUGUUUUCCCUUUGAAAAUAAGCUAAAUCCAUCGAUCCCACCCCGCUCCUUGCCGGGGGGGCUGGCAGGGGGUGUCUGGCUGCUCCCGGCCCCCUCCCCACUCCGGUUUGGGGACCCCCCCAUGGCUGAGUGAGCUGUGCCUGUGGCCGGCAGGGGCUGGGAAAAGGGGGUGUCUGUUCCUGCCCCCCGCCUGCUCCCGGGGGGCAGCCCCAGUGCCCAGGGCAGAGGUGGGCGCCUGCCCCCCCUCGCCCCCCCCAGGGGGGUUUUUACUCUUUGUAAUGUCAUUUCUCUCUCUCGUUUUGGGGAGCCCCCGCCGGGGCCAUGCCCCGGGAAGUGCCUGCAGGAAUGCGCCCAUUUGCACUAAGCCAAACUGCACAAAGAGGGGUCUUUUUUGUUUUCCUUUACUUUUAUUUUUUUUUUUUCCUUCGUGUGGUUUUUAUUUUUUAAAUAAAAUAUAUGAAAAUUCGUAUUUUUUACCUACUCCCUCGCACAGCACGAGAGCGCGCGGGCCGCGGGGUGCCUCCAGCCCUGGGCGGGUUUCAAGGGGUUUAAUUCACUUUAAACUCCCUUUUUACCCAAAAAAACCCCCAUUUUCCCCUCAAAUCCCUUCCUCCCCUCUUGUCCUGUCACUCUCCAGCUCAGACAGCAGCUCAGUUUGGCCAGGCCACGCCACCCUGCUCCUCUCCCCAUGCAGGGAGGGGACAGGGGCGUGGUGGCCCUGCCACCCUCCUGCCCUGUGGGAAGGUUCCCUUUGCAUCAGAGACCCCCCCAUUGCAGGGUCCCCCCUUGCAGGGUCGGACACUGCUUGGGCCCCAUGGGUCAGGCUGGUGCUGUGCCCCCACCUGUCCCCUCCAGGGAUGUGAUGUAUCAGAUCCAAAAGAAAAACAAAAUAAAUACUUGGAUUUUUU